UGACUAAAUAUUAGAAUGAUAUGUUAUUACAUUAUAUAUAUAGAUAUAUUUAUAUGUAAUUAUAUGGUAACGUAACUUAUUGCAAAAUGCUUUUACAGAUCAAGAUUUUAUCAUUAUUAUUAUGUGUCCCAUUAUGUUUGUCAUUGGAAUGCUAUGUUUGCACAGAACAAGAAGAUAAUGUUGGAAAAUGUGUGACUACGAUCAAAACUUGUAAGCAAGGUGAAGCAGCCUGUUUAACAGAAAUAAAAUGGGGUAGUACACCUUACUGGUCACAAGGGGCUCAAAAACAAUAUUACUAUUCCAAAAGAUGUGCUACUAAGAAACAAUGCAUUAAAACUAGAGAAAAAUAUAUGCCAUACUGUACGCACAUUUGGUAUGAAGAUUGGAGCUGCUCUGAGUGCUGUCAAGGCGAUCGAUGCAAUUAUUAUGUCAUUAAUAAUUCUAAUAUACAUGCUGUCAGUUUUGUUCCUGUUGUUGGUGCACUCUUGUAUCAACUUUUGAUGAACUACUAAUAAAUCAGCUGAAAUUUGUAUCUCUAUAAAUCAAUUAGUCCAAAAUAAUAAGUAAAGGAGUCCAAAGUCAUGUGGCUUCAUUGAAUUAUGCACAAAUAUAAAUUUUAAUCCGUCCAGA